AUGAAGCGAGGCACACCGAAAUUCACUGGUGCUACGGCCAUUCAAGAUGAUCCUUCAUCUAUAACCCUUCAGACGCGCCCGUCAGCAUCUCAGUUUUCGGAAGGGGAUGAGUCCCCACGGAAGUUGGGACGUCACAGUUCUCGGAUCAUGAGCGCUCUUCUUUCACUCACACGCAGUGCCUCUGGCUCCUACAGAGAGCGCAGCAGUCGCGAUUCCACUACCUCGCUACUUCAGUCCCCACAAAGAGUAGGGGACCGUAAAGCUCUCAAGAAAAGGUUUUCCUUGUCAGCGCUGCGAACAUCCUUUACUCCAGGACAGACCAUGGUGCAUCGUCGUCCUAUAUCACGACUAUCCAUCCACUCAUUCAGCAAGACAUUGCAAGACCAUGCCUCAGCUUCGGUGUUUGAAAUCCAGUUACAAGAAGCGUCAAAUCUCAAUAGCAAUAGCAACACCACCACAAGCGGGCCGUCUUCGGGGCCAACGAGUGGUGCCAACACAACUGCAAAAACGUCGCUCGACUCGAAAGUUUCGAAAUCAAGCACAAAGACCAACUCUGGCGACAAGCAAUCGAAGCAGAUUUCAAGCGUGAUACGCCGAGUGAAGGAGCCUGAAGCAGAGUCGAAAGACUACACUCUAGAACCCAUUGCUGAGACGGCGCUUGACCCAUGGGUACCCACUAUCAAGACAGUCGAGAAGGCAGCAGCAGCAAAGAUCUAUCUCGAGACCUACUUCAGCAAUCUACUUUCCAAGCCAAGUCCAAGGUUGAUGAGACUGCAAUACCUCGAAGCCCAGCUGUAUCACAGCAAUGUCACGCCACAGGAGAAGGCUGUCAGACGCAGGAUGCUUUACCAGAUGGAAAGUAACAAUCUCCGCGACACACGUGUUCUCAAAUCGAGAAGCUUCGGGCCUACAUUUCUGGGCCUACCCAGCAAGCUUGCCAACAAAUACGAAGUUUUGAAGAUUCUUGGAAAAGGCAGCUUCGGAGUUGUUCGGCUGGUCAGAGAGAAAGGAUCAGAGGAUUCGAACUCAACUACAGUUCGACGUCCUGUAUAUGCCAUGAAGGUCAUUCGGAAGUCUGCCAUGUUACGCACGAACCAGGAAGGACAUUUGAGGGCCGAACGAGACUUUCUCGUUUUGUCUGACGGUUCAAAAUGGAUUGUCCCUUUGGUUGCGAGCUUCCAAGACCCUGCAAACCUUUACUUGGUCAUGGAGUAUAUGCCUGGUGGUGAUUUCCUCGGACUUUUGAUACGAGAGAAUAUUCUCAGUGAGCCAAUGGCCAAGUUUUAUAUUGCGGAGAUGAUUCUAUGCAUUGAGGAAGCUCAUGCUUUGCGCUGUAUCCACCGGGAUAUCAAGCCAGACAACUUCCUAGUGUCUGCGUCCGGGCACCUUAAAAUCUCGGACUUUGGGUUGGCUUUUGAUGGUCAUUGGUCUCACGACACAAGUUACUAUCAUAGCCACCGUUAUAGUCUUGUUCACAAGCUCGGCCUUUCGGUCGAGGGUGAUGCUCAGGAUCGAUCAGAGGGUUUUGGAGCCACUAUGAAGUGGGCUCGAAAUGUCGCCCAAGGUAUGGAUAAGCAUGAGCGGAAAGACGCCGCCAACAUAUCGAGCGGCGCUCGCUGCGAGCCUCUUCUCAACUGGCGUAAUCGGUGCGGUAACCGCACUGCCGCUCGAUCGGUAGUCGGCACAAGCCAGUACAUGGCCCCUGAGUGGAGCGUCGGCGUUAUUCUGUACGAGUGUGUCUAUGGUCGUACUCCGUUCCUGUCCGAGAAGGGCGGGCGCCAGGAGACCAAACGCAACAUUGUCAAUCACAGGCAGACAUUUGCUUUUCCAACGCGGCCACUGGUGUCCAAUCGCUGCAUGGACAUCAUGUCCCGGCUGAUAUGCGAGAAGGAAUCACGGCUCUGCUCGAAGCGCUAUCAGACAAAUGACCAGCUACGAACGUCAUCUUCUACGUCGCAUGCCGCGAGACAUCGCCAUCAGGAUUUCAUGGGACGCUUCGUCUACCCGCACGACGGGGAAGACAUUAAAACACACAAGUGGCUCCGGGAAAUCCCAUGGAACCGUCUUCAUCUUGUCCCACCACCUUUCGAGCCACAGAUAUCCAGUUUGGAGGAUGCGCACUACUUCGAAGAGGAAGAGCCCAUCUCUGAUUGGUCCGAGUCGCAACCCGGAACAGAAACGGAGAUCGAGAACGAGAGCAGCACAGCACUACCAAGCUAUACAUCCCAGGUGGACGGCAUGGUAGUGGAUCCGAACCCACUCGCCAUGAUUGCUCCAGGCGUGCCAGCCAUGUCAGUAGUGCCACCCGUUCGACCAAGCUUGGCAGCUCGCAUGAGCCCUCAGAAGAUGGCCGACAUGCACGCAAUACUGGCGACUUAUCCCAAGCCUGUUCGAAAGGUCAUGUCACAGUAUGUGAACGUGCCGUAUGACUCCAUGCGCUUGAAGCGCAUCCACCGCGAGAUCGAGCACAUGUCACCAGAUGGGAAAGGAGUAGAAGCCCUGAAAGAGUUUGUGCGGAACUAUGGAAGAAAGGAGAAGAAGCGACCGCGUGACCGGCUGCUCAGAGAUCGUCAAACAAAAGGCACGGUUCUAGAAAUUCGGAAGCAGAGUGCCUUCCUGGGCUAUACAUGGACGAGGAUGAAGGGUCGAGAGUUGUCGAGGGGGAUGUUGGGACCCAUAGCAACGGAAAGUUGUGGGCUAGAACCCGUGUCCGUGAAAGCGAACGAGGGGUGCGCGGUUGUGGCAGCGCCUUUGGCACGGUGUGACAAGACUGGAUUAGGUAAUCAUGCAGGUCCUUGUCCGUAUAAAUAA